AUGAAGGAGAACAUCCAGGAGCGAAUAAGGAUCGUGGAAAAAACGGAACUAAUCAUGAAUCUGCUACAGUACAGGAUGUACGAGAUCCGUUACGAUUUCACGAUGAAAUUCAAUCAAUUAACUCAACAGAGAAACGAACUCAAGACCGGAAUGAUGUUGAAGGAAACAGAGUCGCAGGCUGCUUUCAAAAUCAUAGAAACAGAAAAAGAGAUUGCAGAGUGUCAAAAUACGUACGAUGCGCAGCAUAGAUGUGUCAAGGAACAGAUGCUGGUGAGCACGAAAGUAACAGAGCCUAACAUUUGUCAAUAUUAA